GGACGGACAACGGAACCAGCAUCGGCUUGCUCUUCGGUCUUGAUAAUGGCAGACUUCCCGAUCACGCCCGAGGCCUUCCCCGCAAAGACGCGCACCGCAGCCGGCGAGGUGGGCGGCGUGCGGACGGAGGUCAUGGUUGUGAGCUUUGCGGAGAAGGUCAUGGUGACAGUUUCACAAGGCGGCCGGCUUGGGCAUUGGGUCCAUGUCCCCCUCAUGACGCCCUCUGGCGAUCCUACUCUUCAGCCUCCCCAAGCUUUCUACGACGACGAGGACCCUAGCGCCCAUGAUCUCGACCUCCUCCCAAUGCCGCAUCUUACUGCGACGACGAUCCUCGGCGGUACGGUCCCGGAACGCGAUACGGUGGCACAGCUGGUGGCGACGCAGAUUGCGAGCGCGCUCGCGACUAAGAACCCUGGUGAAGAACGAUUGCUGGUGGUGGGUUUGGGACUGGAGGGAAAGGAGCUGGGUAGAGAGGCUUUUAUGGAUCUGGUGGAACUGGUGACAACCAGUUUAUAGGGAUGAGUGUCAGGAUGUGCUUGGUGCCUGCAUACAAUAUGCCGAUGGACUAUGUGGAAAUCUGGGG